CUGGCAGCAGAAUGGGCCAGUCAGUGCGCCUCGCGCCGUGAGAGAGCGAGGGAGUAUGUAGCAAAUCUCCCUCUCGACUUUCUCUCUCAUGGCCUCGUAGGUCGGUAACCUGUGCAGGCAUCAAAAUCUCCUCCGUUUUCUAAAAGUUUCUUUAGUUAAUGGAAACUGAUAUUGAAGUAGACAGUUGUCAUAACGAUGUGGCGUGUCAUUCGUGUGGAUUUUUGAAGACACUGAAAUCACAACUUGUCCACAUAAACUGAAAGACAGUGAUCGUUUUGAAACGAGGAGAAACAUGUCGCUGCAUUAGAAGCCUGCCAGCCAGACGCUGUCUUGCUCCAGACGACCUGAACACACCCGGCACUGGUUGAGAGGAACUGCUUCUCUGAAAAUCUAUCACUUCUUUGGAAUUCCUCCAUUACAAGUUGAUGUGGUGACGUCAUGGGUGAGGGAAGAUGGGGAGGAGUACCAGCCUCCAUGAACAGCCUCCUCCUCUUCCUCCUCCUACUCUUCUCCCUCCACCUCUCCAAUUCCCCGGCCUCUGCGCAGCAGACUACUACUACUGAUGUUGCUCGCUUCAUCAGAGGGAUCUUCACGCUGCCGGAUUAUUGCCUCCAUGACGGCAUUCAGGCGGCGUGCACGUUCGUCCUCACCUGCAUUAUCCGCGGAGGCACCUUUGUUAACAAGUGUGGUGGAGGCUUCUUCUACACGUGCUGCGUCCCCACCAUGGCCACCGUCAGGUCCGAUGCUGUCAGACACAUGAAUAUCUUCAGCAGACAACCUCCUCCCAUGGUCAACCGUCCUAUUGCUCGUCCAAGGUUACCCCUCCAUCGUCGUCCAAGACCUUAUUUUAGACCUCGACCUUGGGGCCUUAACCGCAUCCCAGUUCGAGAGGACCCUGUCCUAAGACCGGACACACAGCUUCUCCAACAGCAGCCAGAACAGCAGCAACAACAGCAUCGACAGUUCCAAGCUGCCUCCAUUGAGCCCAACCUGCAGCUCAGCGCUGGGGUUAAUGAACCAGGUGGUACGAAGUCUUCACUCUCCCGUACCAAGCAUCGUCGUGUUUCAGGCUGUGGCACUCCCAGAAUAUCUCAGUUUGCUAAAAGAAUCAUAGGCGGGGACGAGGCCAGAUUUGGUGAGUUCCCCUGGCAGGCACACAUUCGCAUCUCUGGGUACCAAUGCGGUGGUGUGCUGGUGAACCACUUCUUUGUAGCCACUGCAGCCCACUGUGUCCACAAGGCACGGCUCAACCAGAUCACAGUUCAUCUUGGAGAGUUUGAUACCAAAGACACCGGGGAGCAUGAAGAGCCGCUGCCCAAGGAAACCUUUGCUGUUGUGGAGAAGAGGAUUCAUCCCAUGUUCAAGUACAUGCUUACACAACCUGACAGGUAUGAUAUUGCAGUGCUGCGUCUCAACCGCCCUGUCAUCUACCGAGCCAACAUCCUGCCCAUCUGUCUACCUGAUCCUAAUGACAACUUCAUUGGGGAUGUAGGCAUUGUGGCUGGCUGGGGCAAGACAGAUAACUCCUUCGGAAAAACGGGUACCAACAUACUGAGGAAGGUACUGGUGCCAAUCAUCAGCAACGACGAAUGUCUUUCCUGGCAUCACCACAAGGGUAUUGAUGUCAAGCUGCAUUAUGAGAUGUUCUGUGCUGGCCAUUCCCAAGGCAAGAUGGAUGCAUGUCUGGGGGACUCUGGAGGACCAUUGGUGGUGGAGAAGGAUGGACGGUGGGUGUUGGCAGGCAUCACCUCAGCAGGCUUUGGCUGUGCUGUGGACCACCAGCCCGGCAUCUACCACAAGGUGUCUGUCACUGCGGGCUGGGUGACGGGUAGUGUGCGGACGUGAUAGUGCUUGUACAUAAUGGUAAGUGAAUAAGGAAAAAUGCUCCCAGCACACACCUAGUACUACAGUGUUGCUUGUGCCAACCUCGUACUAAUGCUGUGUUGUGUUUGUAUACACUGAUAUUUUUGUCUUAAACUUGUACAGUGUUCAUCAAGCCAAGAAGUGAUGUUUUAUGAAAAAACAAACCUUUCUUUACAACAACUGACUUAAAAUCACCAUGUGUACUUCGUCUAUAAAGUCACAUCAUCUAGAGUAGUAAAGCUACAAAUGUGUUGCUUAGCACUACCAUUGUACCUGUGUCAUGCCCUCCCUUUGUACCUAUGGCACUAUAUGUCUUCCCAGUGUAAUUAUGUCACCAUACUCCUCAAAGCUAGUCAUGUAGCUGCUGGUGACCAGGCAGCUAUUGGAACUUCCCUCUAUGAGUGAGUGAUGCCUUCUUAAGGAAGCCCCCACACUGGAUGGCUUGUCUUUCAAAAAGUUGUGAUUUAAACUGUUCUGUAACUGGAAGUGAAUUAGCAAAUGAAUGCAAACAUAUAUGUUCCCAACUUUGUACCUUGUGAUAUCAGUGCAUGAAGCCAGUGAUGAAGGUAUUAUAAAGAUAAUUUUAUCAUAAGUGUAGCAUGACAUAUGCUGAUAGUGGUAGAAUGUAUAUCUGUACAUAUUGUUGCAUUCCUUAACUCCUCUUCAAAAAUAAUUUUACAAGGUUAUCAUUGACUAGCGUAGAAAUUGAAUGAUCAACGUGAUGUGUGGUAUGAAGUAUUUCUGCAUGCUCACUUUUUGCAAAAUUUUACAGUACCGUGAUUGAAGUUCUUGAAGCUUGAGUUUGAUGUGAAGACUUAAUUAAUGAUCUCUGUAUAUUGUGUAAUGGUUUUUAAGUAGGCUGGAAUUACAUUUCAAAACCAAAAAAAUGUACUCUGCAAGACCAUUCUAGGAAUCAUCACAGCAAAAUACAAAGUGUAGGUAAAUAGACGGUAUGAAUUGAUUAACCUGGUCUGUUAGAGGAGAGCCCAGCGUGUGACACACUGCCUAUUACGACACCUCCGUGAAUGACCUCCAGGGUUGUAAAGUUACUGUGAAAUAUGAAAUAUGUUACUUACAGUUCCAUCAAUGAUGACCAGGAUAUCAAUCAUGUGAGACGCUUCUUUCUGAUGGUGUCAUCUGUAGCUUGUUGUGCAAUGACUGAUUGUAAUGCAUGUGGCAAUGUUGCACUCAGGCUCUUCCUAUAAUGAUAUUGUCACCAUGUUACACAAAAACACACACACACACACACACACACACACACACACACACACACACACACACACACACAGCGAACAAAACCAUCAAAUAAUGUCAUUCCAUGUGGCUUCUUGAUCCCGUUCUACUUGUACAAAUACGAUGUUAGCUGUAGCACUUUCUACUGACCGUGGCAAUCAUUUUGAUGCUUAUAUUUUUAUACAUUGUUUGAUAGUGCAGUUAAUAUCAACUCCAUCUUCUCCUGACUUUCACACUCCAUCACAAUGACAAAUUCAUCAAUCAGCUUGUUAUGUUCUUGUUCCCACAAAGAAUAUAAUGUAGAUUAUGAUUAUAUGCAUUUUUACAAGGAAAUGCUAGUUAGAGAUUUUGAUAGCAGAAUCACACACACUCAACACACACACACACUCUCUCUCACGCAGUGAACUACAAACAAAUCAAGCUGUCAUGUGGGAUCACUCGCACUAAAUACUGGGAUCAGUCUUUCGUAGAUAAGUAUGACAUUAAAGCUGUACAUAAUAUUUAUUUUGAAAUAAACUAUAAAUCAA